GAUAAACUGAUUAAUGUACCAAAGAGGCUGGGUCUCUGUCUGAGAAUUAAAAUAGGACUAGUGAUCAGCCACUUACUGGACACUUGACAAAACAGGAUGUAGGGGCUGGCAGCUAAACAGGAACUCAAGACACAGAAGGAACAGAGAGGUUUCAAGUAAACCAAUUUAAAAAGCAGCACUAGCUUGUAGGCCUCUGUAGCAUCUCAGCAAGGAAUGGCCCAUCUCCUGGAUCUUUUUACACUACAGCUGCUGUUUGGUUUCUUUACACCGUGUCUCCUUGAGAUCACUUCAGCUGAUCAUUUAUCUGUCCGUCCUGGAAAGGACAUCACCCUGCUCUGUAACAUCACUAAUUAUUCUGAGAUAUCGUGGUAUCGACUGAGAUCUGAGGAGGUGAAGCUGCUGAUAUCUGCUGAGAAAUUAAAGCUGAAGAAAACCUUUUCCCUCAGUUAUAAUGUGAACAAGAGUCACUUUGAUAUGACAGAAAGCAGCAGUUCAGUCAGUUUAGUGAUUAUUGGAGUUAGAGAGACAGAUCUGGGAUUUUAUUUCUGUGGAGGUCGAAACGACGCAACACACAUUCAGUUUGGGAAACUCAUCAGACUGGACUUUACAGCUGAACAACAUAAUGUGUCUUGUAACUCAACUGAUGAUCGAAAUACCCAGCAGUCUACAGGAGCAGCGCUCUGGAUUAUAAUGUCUGUGUGUCUGGUCUCCAUCCUAAUAAACAUCAUCUGCAUGUGUGUGUUCUGCUGCAAAAUCAAAGGAAAGUCAGUAUUGUCACAAAACAGCUGCAGUAACACCACAGACUCCACUGAAAAGGAAGAAAAUAUUCAUUAUGCCAGCAUCCAGUACAAAAGAAGGUCCAGAGCAGCUGCUAAGAAAAACACAGCAUCAGAUUCGGACAGUGUGACCUACACAACAGUCGCCUCACAGCCUCGGAGACACUGACCAGCACAAGG